UGCAGCGUGCUCUGACAGCAUUAAAUAGUGGUAAUAACAUUCAGGUGGUCCCGCGUUUAUGGGAUGGAAAUCAUAUUUAAAGCCAUAAUGAACGCAUGAAGUUGCCAGUCGUGCAUUAUGAAAGCAGCUCUCGGUGCAGCUGUGUGGUCUGGCACCAUGCUGGAAGGCUACAGCCCGAUGACCCAGGCCCUGCUGGGGACUCUGUUCACCUGGGGUCUGACUGCUGCCGGAGCAGCUCUGGUGUUUGUUUUCUCCAGCCGACAGAAGCGCAUCUUGGAUGGAAGUUUAGGCUUUGCAGCAGGGGUAAUGUUGGCUGCCUCCUAUUGGUCAUUGUUGGCACCUGCGAUUGACAUGGCAGAGGACUCUGGGAAAUAUGGUUCCUUUGCUUUCGUGCCAGUUGCUGUGGGAUUCACACUUGGAGCGGCAUUUGUUUACUUUGCUGACCUUGCGAUGCCCCUGCUGGGUGUAGGUUCUGACCCCCAUAUAGCCUUGGCUCUCCCUCCAGAGUCCAAGCUGGCCAAAGAGAAAGCAGGGGAGCCCUCAUUCCCACUCUCAGAUGAGGAGAUGACCAUCAGGAUAGGUAGAGCUGGACCUCUCUCAGAUAAAAUAGAGAAUGGAGACGUGUACCAGAGGAGGAGAGGACCUCAUUCGGGCAGCUCAGACGGACAGGAAACAGGAAGUAAACAACAGGAAGAGGUUUCACAUACAGGAAGCAGCUGGCGACGAAUUGUCCUCCUGAUCCUCGCCAUCACCAUCCACAACAUCCCAGAGGGUCUGGCUGUCGGCGUUGGAUUUGGAGCCAUUGGGAAGACUUCAUCUGCUACAUUUGAAAGUGCCAGAAAUUUGGCCAUCGGUAUUGGCAUUCAGAAUUUCCCAGAAGGCUUGGCGGUGAGCCUGCCGCUCCGGGGUUCUGGGGUCUCAGCAUGGAAAGCCUUUUGGUAUGGCCAGCUCAGCGGGAUGGUCGAGCCUGUUGCUGGGCUGCUGGGUGCCUUCGCCGUCGUCUUGGCAGAACCUCUGUUGCCGUACGCGCUGGCGUUUGCUGCCGGGGCGAUGGUUUAUGUGGUGGUGGAUGACAUCAUCCCUGAAGCUCAAAUCAGUGGAAACGGGAAGCUGGCGUCCUGGACCUCCAUCCUGGGCUUCGUAGUGAUGAUGUCACUAGACGUGGGGCUGGGCUGAGGUUGCUGUAAGAACUGGCGCCAUGUCAGCAGAACCGAGGGACACGAUGUCAUCACAGUGCUGCUGAGCUCAGUUUUUAAAAAGGGGACCAAAUGAAGUGUUUUAUUCUGAAACACUAUUUAUUUGUUAAGUCUGAAUUGUUGCUACUUGAAAUUCCGAAAUGACAGAAACACAGAACUAUUUUGUUAAACAAAUUAUGAGGAUGACUGGACUUGAAUAGUUUUCUUUUAUUUACAGGCUGGCAGUUAUUUUGUUUGAGCAGCUGUAACUUUCUACAAAUGACAUCUUUUUUCAGAAUGAUGCAAUGAAUAUUUAUGAAUAUUCUCCUGACUCCAGAGCAUUUGAAUGUUUUGCUAAGAAGAUACAGUUUUUUGAGUUCUUGUUUUACCUAAAACUAAUUUUAAAACAAACAUUGCCAGGAAUGACAUCUAAAAGAAUGUCUUUUCUUUGUUUGUUUGUUUACUUCUUCCAGUUUUUGUAUUUCCUCAUGAUUACAAUACUUGAAGUCGGGUGUUUGAUUUGGACCUCCAACGAAUGCUUCCGUAGUGCUUAAUCGUAUUCCGAUCAUUGUUGCACUACAGAAAGGUACGAUGUGAUUUUGAUGUACUGAAACAUGAAAUUCCAAAUGUGAUCUGACACAAUUAUGACUUUUUUCCUCAGUUGUCGUUCUGUAACAAACUCAAAACAAAUGAUACAGUCUCCUUUUUAAUCAAAUGCAGUGCCUUUAUUCAUUUAGGGCACAGUCUGCUGUCUUACACAGGUCAGUCUGAAGAAUCAUGUUGUGGGCCAUGUCUAAUUAUUUAAAUGCUGAUUAAGUUAACCCUUAAUAAUGUAAUGUAUUUAUAUAAUUAAACAACCAAGUGAUUAUCAGUUUUCUUCAACUUUUCUGAGUCAAGCCGGAUGUUUUGUCCUACUGUCUGUUUAUCCUCUGGACAUGCAUAAUGCUGUGACAUGACAUUUAUUUCCAAAGUGGUGACUCAACUACAGGUUAAGCAGACAGUUCCAACAAAACCUAAAAUAAGCCCCUGAGAUUUUUCAUUCCUUCUUGUAUGCAGCUCUGGGCCAGUUUGUAUGAAGCUGUUUUUAGAAAUGGUCUUGAUUUCUUGCUAAAAGUAGGACUCAGACGUCUUGCAAAUUUAAACCACGUAUAUCUUUUGACAAACUCUUAGUCUGACAUAGGUGCUGAGUCCUGUGACAUCCCUAAUUGCUGAUAUAUCCCCACCCAAACACAUUCCUCGAGCACUGAAUCAACCAAUAGCAGGCUGCUCAAAGGCUGCAAGCAAACAAUGCCAUUUUAAAGACUCCUCAAAAAAGAAACAUUUGCCUGCUUCAAGAUAUUGAAACAUAAGACAGUAAAGUUUACAUAAGACAUCCCUCCGUUGUUAUGUAUGACAGUAUACAUGUAAAAUAUAUAACAUGUUAAAUUGUGUAAAGACGGAUGUAUUAAACCAUCAUUUACUCCUCAGUGCAGGUUCUACCAUUUCGGUCCAGACUGAAGGAGCUGAAAUGGGGACUUUGUAGAUUUUGAAAGCACCCAGAGUCAAAAUUCUGCCAAACGACGCAAAACAAAUAAUUUCUGGGAUUUUAGGGCUGUCCUAUCAACUGUGGAUUGUACUUCCACAUUUUUGUACGCAUGCGUGGACGGACACGAAGAGUAAAGCUGUAUCAAGCACUACUCAAAGACCGAAGAACACCAAGCGGUCCCGACCGUCGUGGACUUUGCUCCACAGCCACCUGACCUCAACGCCAUUGAACAUUUUUAAAAGGGGCACUCGAAGACUGAAAAAGUCAAACAUUCUGUGUGAGAAAAAGAAGCUUUGUGAAAAACUGUCAAACCAUGCUGGAAUACCAUGCAUCAUCAGGUCCUGCACACACUUGCGGAGUCCAUGCCAGCCCAAGUGCAUGCCGUCAUUUAAGCACAAGGGGGACGUACUGUCGUAAAAUUCAUGGACACUUUUCAAAGACUCACUGUUCCAUUUAAACUAUUAAGCUUGUAUUAUCUGUAAUAAAAA